GGCCACGGGCGGCCACCGCCGGGAUGCUCCGGCCCUCGGGCCGCCCUGCCGCCAGCCACCCCCGCCGUCCCCGGCGGCCCGCGCUCGGCCCGGGGGCGCGGGAGGCACGGCCGGAGCCGGAGGCGGGAGCGGCGGGCGGGCGCCCUGGACGCGGGAACGCACGAUGCUCCUGGUCCCUGGUGUCCCCGGGCCGCAGGGUGUGAGGGCCGCCGCUCCGAGCCGAGGCCUGGCUGCGAGGAGGAUGCCCCAGCCGCCCGCCAGCUCCCGCCGGCACCAUGAGUGAGGAGCAGCGGCCGCCUGGCAGCGCCGUGGGCUGGCUGGCGUGCGGGGGCCUCUCCCUGCUGGCCAACGCCUGGGGCAUCCUGAGCGUGGGCGCCAAGCAGAAGAAGUGGAAGCCGCUGGAGUUCCUGCUGUGCGCGCUGGCGGCCACGCACAUGCUCAACGUGGCGGUGCCCAUCGCCACCUACGCCGUGGUGCAGCUGCGGCGGCAGCGGCCCGGCUACGAGUGGAACGAGGGCCUCUGCAAGGUCUUCGUGUCCACCUUCUACACCCUCACCCUGGCCACCUGCUUCUCCGUCACCUCCCUGUCCUACCACCGCAUGUGGAUGGUGCGCUGGCCCGUGAACUACAGGCUGAGCAACGCCAAGAAGCAGGCGGUGCACACGGUCAUGGGCAUCUGGAUGGUGUCCUUCAUCCUGUCGGCCCUGCCUGCCGUCGGCUGGCACGACACGAGCGAGCGCUUCUACGCCCACGGCUGCCGCUUCAUCGUGGCCGAGAUCGGCCUGGGCUUCGGCGUCUGCUUCCUGCUGCUGGUGGGGGGCAGCGUGGCCACGGGCGCCGUGUGCACGGCCAUCGCCCUCUUCCAGACGCUGGCCGCGCGGGCGGGCCGCCGGGCCUUCACGGUGCCCGCCAUCGUGGUGGAGGACGCGCAGGGCAAGCGCCGCUCCUCCAUCGAUGGCUCCGAGCCCGCCAAGACCUCGCUGCAGAUCACGGGCCUGGUGGCCACCAUUGUCUUCAUCUACGACUGCCUCAUGGGCUUCCCCGUGCUGGUGGUGAGCUUCAGCAGCCUGCGGGCAGACGCCUCGGCGCCCUGGAUGGUGCUGUGCGUGCUGUGGUGCUCGGUGGCCCAGGCCCUGCUGCUGCCCGUAUUCCUCUGGGCCUGCGACCGCUACCGCGCCGACCUCAGGGCCGUGUGGGAGAAGUGCGCGGCCCUCAUGGCCAACGACGCGGAUUCGGACGAGGACACCAGCCUGGAGGGGGGCCUGCCCCAGGACCUAGUGCUCGAGCGCUCCCUGGACUACAGCUGUGGGGGCGACUUUGUGGCCCUGGACAGGAUGGCCAACUAUGAGCUGCCCCUGGAGCGGGGCCUGCCCCAUUUCUACCCGCUGGGGCCGUUCCAGGAGGACAAGAUGCAGUACCUGCAGGUCCCGCCCACGCGACGCUUCUCGCACGAAGACGCGGGCCUCUGGGCGGUGCUGCCGCUGCCCGCCUUCCUGCCGCGCUGGGGCUCCGGCGAGAACCUGGCCGCCCUGGGGCCCCACCGGCGCCGCGACAGCCCGCGGGCCCCCGCGGAGGACGCGCCCCCGUCCCGCCCGCGCCGCCGCUCCGCCGAGAGCCUGCUGCCGCUGCGCCCCCCGGGGCUGGACGGCGGCCCCCGCCGCGCCCGCAGCUCGCCCCCCGGCAGCCCGCGCCGCCGCCCCGGGCCCGGCGCCCGCUCGGCCUCGACCUCGCGGCUGCCCGAAGCCUUCGCGCUGACCGCCUUCGAGCGGGAGCCGCAGGCCCUGCGCCGCCCACCCGCCCCGCUGGCCCCCGACGCCCCGGACCCCGCCCCGCUCGGCGAGGACGCGGCGCCCCCUGGCGGCCCCGGCGCGCAGCGGAGUCCCGGGCCGCCCCCGGCCGCGCAUGCGCACGUCCGGCCCCUGCAGAGGGUCCUGAGCGCGUCGUGGGGCGAGCCCGCGGGCCUGCACGUGGCGGGCGGCGGCAGCACCAGCAGCUUCCUGAGCUCGCCGUCCGAGUCCUCGGGCUACGUCACGCUGCACUCGGACUCGCUGGGCUCCGCGACCUAGGGCCGCCCCCGGGGCCAAAGCACCAAAGAUGCCGGCUGCCCCCCAGGCUCAGGGCAGGGCCGGCCC